GCUCCCUAGGAGAGGGAGGAGGAGAGGAGGAAGGAGGCGGACUCUGGGUCCCGGCCCCAUUCAUUGCCGCGGCCGGCCGGGCGGGGGUUCGGUAUUUUCCGAGUUAUGGAGGCGCUAAUUCCUGUAAUCAACAAGCUCCAGGACGUAUUCAACACGGUGGGCGCCGACAUCAUCCAGUUGCCUCAGAUCGUGGUGGUGGGAACGCAGAGCAGUGGAAAGAGCUCAGUGCUAGAAAGCCUAGUGGGGAGGGACCUGCUUCCCAGAGGCACUGGUAUUGUCACCCGGAGACCUCUCAUUCUGCAGCUAGUCCAUGUUUCACCCGAAGAUAAACGAAAAACAACAGGAGAAGAAAAUGACCCUGCUACAUGGAAAAACUCAAGACACCUUUCUAAAGGGGUUGAAGCAGAAGAAUGGGGUAAAUUUCUUCACACCAAAAAUAAGCUUUACACAGAUUUUGAUGAAAUUCGACAAGAAAUUGAAAAUGAAACAGAAAGGAUUUCAGGAAAUAAUAAGGGAGUAAGCCCUGAACCAAUUCAUCUUAAGAUUUUUUCACCCCAUGUUGUCAAUCUGACACUUGUGGAUUUGCCAGGAAUGACUAAGGUGCCUGUAGGUGAUCAACCUAAGGAUAUUGAGCUUCAAAUCAGGGAGCUCAUUCUUCGGUUCAUCAGUAAUCCAAAUUCCAUUAUCCUCGCUGUCACUGCUGCUAAUACAGAUAUGGCAACAUCAGAGGCACUUAAAAUUUCAAGAGAGGUAGAUCCAGAUGGUCGCAGAACCCUAGCUGUAAUCACUAAACUUGAUCUCAUGGAUGCGGGUACUGAUGCCAUGGAUGUAUUGAUGGGAAGGGUUAUACCAGUCAAACUGGGAAUAAUUGGAAUAGUUAACAGGAGCCAGCUAGAUAUUAAUAAUAAGAAGAGUGUAACUGAUUCAAUCCGUGAUGAAUAUGCUUUCCUUCAAAAGAAAUACCCAUCUCUGGCCAAUAGAAAUGGAACAAAGUAUCUUGCCAGGACUUUAAACAGGCUACUGAUGCAUCACAUCAGAGAUUGCUUACCAGAGUUGAAAACAAGAAUAAAUGUUCUAGCUGCUCAAUAUCAGUCUCUUCUAAAUAGCUAUGGUGAACCUGUGGAUGAUAAAAGUGCUACUUUACUCCAGCUUAUUACCAAAUUUGCCACAGAAUAUUGUAACACUAUUGAAGGAACUGCAAAAUAUAUUGAAACUUCAGAGCUAUGCGGUGGUGCUAGAAUAUGUUAUAUUUUCCAUGAGACUUUUGGGCGAACCUUAGAAUCUGUUGACCCACUAGGUGGCCUUAACACUAUUGACAUUUUGACUGCCAUUAGAAAUGCAACUGGUCCUCGUCCUGCUUUGUUUGUGCCUGAAGUUUCAUUUGAGUUACUGGUCAAACGGCAAAUCAAACGUCUGGAAGAGCCCAGCCUCCGUUGUGUGGAACUGGUUCAUGAAGAAAUGCAAAGGAUCAUUCAGCACUGUAGCAAUUACAGUACACAGGAGUUGUUGCGGUUCCCUAAACUUCAUGAUGCCAUAGUUGAAGUAGUGACUUGUCUUCUUCGUAAACGGUUGCCUGUUACAAAUGAAAUGGUCCAUAACUUAGUGGCAAUUGAACUGGCUUAUAUCAACACAAAACAUCCAGACUUUGCUGAUGCUUGUGGGUUAAUGAACAAUAAUAUAGAGGAACAAAGGAGAAACAGGCUAGCAAGAGAAUUACCUUCAGCUGUAUCACGAGACAAGUCUUCUAAAGUUCCAAGUGCUUUGGCACCUGCCUCCCAGGAGCCCUCCCCUGCUGCUUCUGCUGAGGCUGAUGGCAAGUUAAUUCAGGACAGCAGAAGAGAAACUAAAAAUGUUGCAUCUGGAGGUGGUGGGGUUGGAGAUGGUGUUCAAGAACCAACAACAGGCAACUGGAGAGGAAUGCUGAAAACUUCAAAAGCUGAGGAGUUACUAGCUGAGGAAAAAUCAAAACCAAUUCCAAUUAUGCCAGCCAGUCCACAAAAAGGCCAUGCUGUGAAUUUGCUGGAUGUGCCAGUUCCUGUUGCACGAAAACUAUCUGCCCGUGAACAGCGAGACUGUGAAGUUAUUGAACGACUCAUCAAAUCUUAUUUUCUUAUUGUCAGAAAGAAUAUUCAAGACAGUGUGCCAAAGGCAGUAAUGCACUUUUUGGUUAAUCAUGUAAAAGAUACUCUUCAGAGUGAGUUAGUAGGACAGCUGUAUAAAUCAUCCUUAUUGGAUGAUCUUCUGACUGAAUCCGAGGACAUGGCACAGCGCAGGAAAGAAGCAGCUGAUAUGCUGAAGGCAUUACAAGGAGCCAGUCAAAUUAUUGCUGAAAUCCGAGAGACUCAUCUUUGGUGAAGAGAACUAUGUAAUACUGAGACUCCACUGACUUGCUAGUUACUGCCUACUUGAGUAGAAUUUUAUUUAUGAACUCCUGUG